GUUACAACUUCGAAUUCGGUUCGAGUGGUAACAAAUGGGGAUAUUGAGUAUAUUCCAAAAUGGUAGGGUGGAAGUCCAUUUCUGUCGCGCAAUUUCUUGCCUCCGUUCGGGAUGGAUUCUAAGACGGUAGACCCUUCAGAGCCUACCCCCGAUGAUCAAUCUCUCACUAUUUUUGCUGUUAUUUGGGACGUGUAUCUAUAUGAUGAUGAUGCAGCUGGCAUCAUCGUAGAAAUGGUCUUUGGGGCUAUCUAUUGCCUUGCAUGGAACGGCCUAUUUCCCUCUUACUAGGAGUUGUAUGCUUGGCGCUUCUCAUCGGUUGUGAUAACAGCAUCAUUCGUGCCAUACUCCAUCGCCAAUAACAUCUGCACCAGAGUCUUCAGAAACACUAUAGAUGGAAGGAGCCGGAGAUCACAUGUUAUACGUAACUUGGCAUUGCUUGUUUUCCUUGGCUUAUAUAUUACUUGUCG